CCGCCCUCGGCGAGGAGGGUUGGGGAAUACUGCUUUGGAGAGUCCCGCCGGGCCGCAUUGUGUGAGCGGCUGGCAGCUCCCGAGUCUCCAACUGCCCUGGUGGGCCCCUGCGCCGUCCGCCGUCCGCCUUCCUGCGGCUGCCCGGAGACGCGAGCCCGAAACCAUGAGCGUGGGCUUCAUCGGCGCCGGCCAGCUGGCCUGUGCUCUGGCUCGAGGCUUCACGGCCGCAGGCAUCCUGUCGGCUCACAAAAUAAUGGCCAGCUCUCCGGAAAUGGACCUGCCCACGGUGUCCGCCCUCAGGAAAAUGGGUGUGAACUUGACUCGAAGCAACAAGGAGACAGUGAGGCACAGUGAUGUCCUUUUCCUGGCUGUGAAGCCACAUAUCAUCCCCUUCAUCCUGGAUGAGAUUGGGGCUGACGUGCAAGCCAGGCACAUUGUGGUCUCCUGUGCUGCUGGUGUCACCAUCAGCUCUGUGGAAAAGAAGCUGAUGGUAUUCCAGUCAGCCCCCAAAGUGAUUCGCUGCAUGACCAACACACCUGUGGUUGUGCGGGAAGGUGCCACAGUGUAUGCCACGGGUACCUAUGCCCUGGUAGAGGAUGGGCAGCUCCUGGAACAGCUCAUGAGCAGUGUGGGCUUUUGCACUGAGGUGGAAGAGGACCUGAUUGAUGCUGUCACAGGGCUUAGUGGCAGCGGACCUGCCUAUGCAUUCAUGGCCCUGGAUGCGUUGGCUGACGGUGGGGUGAAGAUGGGCUUGCCGCGGCGCCUGGCAGUCCGAUUGGGGGCCCAAGCCUUACUGGGCGCUGCCAAGAUGCUGCUGGACUCAGAGCAGCAUCCAGGCCAGCUCAAGGACAAUGUCUGCUCCCCUGGGGGAGCCACCAUCCAUGCCCUGCACUUUCUAGAGAGUGGGGGUUUCCGUUCUCUGCUCAUCAAUGCAGUUGAGGCCUCCUGUAUCAGAACACGAGAGUUGCAGUCCAUGGCUGACCAAGAAAAGAUCUCCCCAGCUGCCCUUAAGAAGACCCUCCUGGACAGAGUGAAGAUGGAAUCUCCCACAGUUUCCACACUGGCCCCCUACAGCCCAGGGAAGCUUCUUACAAGAACUCCAGCCUGGGGAGGCAAGAAGGACUAAGAGAUGAGGACUCGCUCUGGCUCAGGCUGGUCUUGAACCUGUGAGCUCAAACAAUCCACCCACCUCGACCUCCCAACUGCUGGGAUUACAGACGUGAGCCACCUCAUCAGCGAAAGGGGCUUUUUCUGAAUUUAUAAAUGGAAAAGAGGCGAGCAACUUAAUCAUCAGUGAGUCAAAAGUGUAUAGAAUUAGACUGUGCUUCUGUUUAACUCUUGUUUCAUAAGGUGUACCACUUAAAGAAUGUAGUUCAUUGCUAAGUUUAACUGUUUUAAUAAAGAUUAUUUUUUAAUA